AUGCUCCCCAACUCCGAUUCGUUCGGGACCUCCGGGGUCGCGAUGCGGCGUGGCGAAAGCGAUCGGACGAACCCCCCGAAUGGCCUCUCAGAUGAGGAAUUAAAGCGGCAAAAACGCCGCCGUCGACUCGCCCGCAUGACUCCCGAGCAGCGUCGUAAGGCACUUCAAUAUCAACGCCGCCAUAACGAGGCGGAUGGUCGUCUCUUUUAUUGCGAUUACUGCGAUCUUUUCAUCAGCACCAGCCAAAAGUGCUGGCGGGCGCAUCUCGUCAGCGCGAGGCAUAUCGACGCGGUGGAGGGCUACUACACGAUGGCCGCCAACGUCGAAUCGCAGUGGGUGAACGACAUCCACGAGACGAUCGCGAAGGAUCGCCUUCGGAGGAUCUAUCGGGAUCAGCAGGCCGUGGUCGGGCGAAACGCGGCCACCCCGCUCCCUCCCAUGCAGAUCGCGCCGCAUAUCACGGUUGGGGGAAACCCGCCAUCCUCCGCGUUGAGCACGGCGGUAGACGGAGGGCCGCCAAUACCCCCAACAACCUCCCAGACGCCGUUGGUGUCGAUACGCGUAGGGGAAAAGAUGAUCUACGCCCCCUCCAUCAAGGUCGCGAACAAGGCUCUCCCCCCCCUCGCUACGCCACCUCCUCCCCCAGUCAACCCUGGAGGGUAG